CUCCAAAGCAUGGCCUCCGGUCAAACCUCUAAACCCACUCCCACCCCAAACCCUCAUCCCAUCUCCUUCUCUGCUACCGCGCCGGCGAUUCCAAUCUCUCUGCAAUCGAGAUUGUCUGGCUCUGGGGUUAGGGCUUUCGCUGGAACAAGUGCAGGAACUUGGGUGUUUGGUUUCCCUUGCUCCCACCUAGAUUUGGGGAGACAAAGAGGGGUUAUUGAGUUGGGGCGAUGGAAGGGGGUUCGGGUGGGAACGACGUGGAGCUGGUGUGCAAGACGCUGCAGUUCGAGCACAAGCUGUUCUACUUCGAUCUGAAGGAAAACCCCCGUGGGAGGUACCUCAAGAUCUCGGAGAAGACGUCGGCCACGAGGUCCACCAUCAUCGUCCCUGUCAACGGCAUCGCCUGGUUCAUCGACCUCUUCAAUUACUAUGUCAACACCGACGAGCAGGAUGCCUUCAGCAAGGAGCUCAAGCUCGACACUAAGGUGUUUUACUUCGACAUUGGGGAGAAUAAAAGGGGCCGGUUCUUGAAGAUUUCAGAAGCAUCUGUCAACAGAAAUCGUAGUACAAUCAUUGUUCCAGCGGGAAGCUCUGGCGAAGAAGGAUGGGUGGCAUUUAGGAACAUUUUGCUAGAGGUUAAUGAAGAAGCUUCCCGACUUUUCAUGGUACCAAAUCAACAACAUAUGGAACCUUCAGAGCAACUUACAGGACUGUCGGAUGAUGUUGGAGCUGGAUUUAUAUCAGGCCAUAGUGCCCAAUCAGCCACUGCAUCAGAGCUGCAUGUUGACCGCUUGGUUGACUUGCCUCCUCAGGAUGAUAUUGGAGGCAUGGGGAUGUCUAAAGUAAUUAGGGCAGAUCAAAAGAGGUUCUUCUUUGAUUUAGGGAGCAAUAACAGGGGUCAUUUCUUGAGGAUAUCUGAGGUUGCCGGUGCAGAUCGCUCAUCAAUCAUCCUUCCCUUAUCUGGUCUGAAGCAGUUCCAUGAAAUAAUUGGUCAUUUUGUGGAGAUAACAAAGGACAGGCUUGAAGGAAUGACUGGUCCAAAUGUGCGGACGGUGGAGCCAGCACAGAGAUGAUCCUCUUGGAGGAUUAUUGAUCCCCUUCAGUUCUACAAUUAUCUGUUUGAUCUAGAUAGAGCCUUUGUGUAGAUCAUGCGCUAUAUUGUUAUUCCUGUCUGGUGGACAAUAAUCAUUUUACUUAUUUCAAGGUGGAGAUGAAGUUAUUCGCCAAGCUUGCUUUCACAAGGGAAUAAUGGAAAAGAAAACUAAUAUCUUGUAGCUUGUGCGUCUGAUGGUAUAAAAAGGUUGUGCCUGCAUUGCUGAUGUCUCAGAAUAAUUAAGUUUUUGUUGCCAUUGUAUUAAACAUUUCAUAUUGUUUUUUUUUUUUGUUGUUGUUUGAAUGCUGGCAAUGAGAUGUGAUGUGCGACUGAUUCCUUUA